AUGUUAAAGUUUUCACGGCAUCACGCAUUGCAGCGUACGACAGAGGAGUUUCACAUCAGUUCAUGCCAGCAUGCCGCACCAAUCAAUAUACAAAUUUGCCAACCAACGUAUGGAGAAGAAAAUCGAAAUAUUGUCUUCGCUGGCCUAUACAAAGAGCGGAUUAAAGGGUUCUCAGGUACAAUGGGGGGAGAUCAGUGCGCCAAAUAUCCCGGAAAUAUGAUUUGUCGUAUUGCGGAGAAUGCAAGCAAGACGGGAGUGAGCAACAUCGGCGAAGCUCUUGGAGAAUUUCGGGAACUUAAUGCUAAUGUUGGCAAUGGGAAUGAGGAAAAGGAAAUAAUUUAUCAGCCAGCUGAUGAGGAAGCGUUUAAUGAUAUGGGCAGUGGCGAACCAGUGUUUAUUACAGACGAGCCAGCUAGGUACAAGCGUAAGUCAUGCCAGUUGAUUCCUUUUAAAUGUUAUCAUCAUAAAACUGGAUUUCUGGCAAAUGCAAAACAUGAAAGAGCGGCGGAUGCAUGCAAUUAA